AGAAAGAGCGGAAAAGGCGCAUAUGACAGCCAUGAACACUUGUCUCUCAAUCUUCAUUUUCCUUUUUUUGCAUUUUGUUUUCUUGUUUAAUUUGCACAGAAGGUGAAUGAAGUGAGUUUUAGAUACGGAGAACUUCACCGACUUCUACACUGACGGCCUACUCUACUGGAUGUUCUUUCAAUGGGGAAGCUUCAACAGGACCAUCACCAUCACCAACACCAGAACUCCUGCAAUCCAACCUGCUUCAGCUACACCACAUGUUUAUCGCUGUUAUUGAGAAUUUCCCUCUCUUCCAGGUUGAAGGCUGGCCUCAUAUCGCUCCUCACUCUGGCGCUUCUGGUUUCUGGGAUUUUCUGGAUACUUCCUUCUCACCACAAAUCCGGCUUCGAUGCUAGUGAUGCAAUUAAGCGCAGUGCUCCAGUUCAGGCAUACUUCGGAUUGCACAAGCCAGUCUUGGAGCUUUUUCCGCACAUUGGAAGAUUAGAAUAUGACAUCAAUGCAGAAAUAGGUGUUCCCGAUACAAAGGUGGCUGUUCUAUCCAUGCACCAAUCAGGUGCAUCUAAUUGGACAGAUAUUGUGUUUGGUGUUCUCUCUGAUCCAAUAAACAUUCCAAUAAAUUCAGUCUCCUUAAGUUUGCUGCAGUCAUCUUUAAUUCAGCUGUUUCUUCAGCAAUCAAAUCUGACCUUGACAAGUGCAAUUUUUGGGCAGCCAUCUAUGUUUGAGAUUUUAAAAUUUCCUGGGGGAGUCACUGUGGUCCCUUCGCAAUCUAUUUCCAUUUGGCAGAUACCUCAGAUCCUCUUUAAGUUUAAUCUUAACAAUUCCAUAUCUGACAUAGAGGAAAAUUUUGCUCAGUUCAGGGAUGAAUUGAGGUUUGGAUUGCAUCUGAGGCCUUAUGAGGUAUGAUACCUAUUUCUUUCGACUUUCUAUCUAAGACAUCAAAUGUUUGAUUUUAAGAUCUGGUACAAACAGACUGUAGCUUGUCAUAGGUUCAU